CACCCCACUUGUCAGGGAAGCUCGAGGACGUCGUGGAUGUUGUGCAUCGGAUCGGUCGGAAGGAAGAAAAGAAACAGACAGGUAUGUAACUGAGCUCCUGGGUGGAGAGGCCUAUGUCUCCUGUUCUGUGGUACUACCUUCUCUCUGCCACUUUCAUCUCAAGAUGGAAGCCUGUGAUGAGGACCCUGCAUGUGUGCAGAGGGAGGACAAACCCAGCCUCCUGCUCUCCUUCCACACUGAGCCCAAACAAGAGUCACUGGAUUCUGAUUGUGAAGCUCAGUGGGCAUUGAGGGAUUCAGAGAUGACAUCAGUAAAGCUGGAAGAUAAAAGUCAAACACUGUGGCUGAACGUUAUCGUUAAAGAUGAAGAGGAGGAGAAGAAUGUGGUUAUCGUUAAUAAUGGAGAGGGAGAUUUACUCACUCAAGAUGGGAUUCCUGAAGUGGAGACACUUGGAGAGAAACAACAGGAAGACUACAAUCAUAAGAAGUCUCACCACUGUCCCCACUGUGAAAAACGUUUCUCAUCUCUUUCACUGUUACAAAAACACAUUAAGAUCCAUACUGGAGAGAAGCCUUACUCCUGUUCUGACUGCGGGAAGUGUUUUUCUCGAUUAGGUCACCUUAAAGUUCACCAGCGCAUACAUACUAGUGAGAAGCCUUACUCCUGUUAUGAUUGCGGGAAGUGUUUCUCUCAAUUAGGUCACCUUAAAGUUCACCAGCGCAUACAUACUGAUGAUAAGCCUUACUCCUGUUCUGACUGUGGGAAGUAUUUCUCUGGAUUAGGUAACCUUAAAGUUCACCAGCGCAUACAUACUGGUGAAAAGCCUUACUCCUGUUCUGACUGUGGCAAGUGUUUCUCUCAAUUAGGUCACCUUAAAGUUCACAAGCGCAUACAUACUGGUGAUAAGCCUUACGCCUGUUCUGACUGUGGGAAGUGUUUCUCUCAUUUAGGUCACCUUAAAGUUCACCAGCGCAUACAUACUGGUGAUAAGCCUUACGCCUGUUCUGACUGUGGGAAGUGUUUCUCUCGAUUAGGUCGCCUUGAAGUUCACCAGCGCAUACAUACUGGUGAGAAGCCUUACUCCUGUUUUGACUGUGGGAAGUGUUUCUCUCGAUUAGGUCACCUUAAAGUUCAUCAGCACAUGCAUACUGGUGAGAAGCCUUACUCCUGUUCUGACUGUGGGAAGGGCUUCUCUCGAUUAGGUCACCUUAAAGUUCAUCAUCGCAUACAUACUGGUGAUAAGCCUUACUCCUGUUCUGACUGUGGGAAGUGUUUCUCUCAAUUAGGGAAAUUUAAAUUUCACCAGCGCAUACAUACUGGUGAUAAGCCUUACUCCUGUUCUGACUGUGGGAAGUUUUUCUCUCGAUUAGGUCGCCUUGAAGUUCACCAGCGCAUACAUACUGGUGAUAAGCCUUACUCCUGUUCUGACUGUGGGAAGUGUUUCUCUCGAUUAGGUCACCUUAAAGUUCAUCAGCGCAUGCAUACUGGUGAAAAGCCUUACUCCUGUUCUGACUGUGGGAAGUGUUUCUCUCAAUUAGGUCACCUUAAAGUUCACCAGCACAUACAUACUGGUGAU